GGCCAUUGCCAUGGAGCUCAACGUUAAUAUUUUAUUUAUCAGAAUUGGUUGACUUCCAGCUAAUGGCCUCGUAGUCUGAAUUAUUAGAUGAUAAAAAAAUAAUGUGCCAGCUUCUUUAAAAUUCACUAAUUAUACAGAUUCAUAAACACUGUCGGUGGAUGGCUCCGCCAUUUUCUGUUUUUUUUAUCAGAAUUCGUUGACUUCCACCUCAUUCCCUCGUUGUCUGAAUUAUUAGAUGCUCAAAAAAAUUAUUGAGCUGACUUCUUCAACUUUCACUAAUUAUACAGAAUCCAUCUCCAUUUCUUUCUUCUUUCUUCCCUGGAUUUCCUUUUUUGGCUUCUUCAAUCCUCUCUUCACCUUCUUUAUCAUUAUUUCAUCAUGUCUGUCAUUGGAGAUGCUGCUCUGUCUUUGUUUGUGGAGCUGUUGGGGGGCAAGUUGGUCAACUCUGCACUCAACUUUGUUGCUGAUCAUAAGCAACUCCGCCAGCAGCUCAAGCAGUGGCAGUCCAAAUUGCCCAAUAUCCAAGCAGUGUUGGACGAUGCAGAGGAGAAGCAGAUCAAGAACGAGGGUGUGAAGAAAUGGUUGGACGACCUCCAGGACUUGACUUACGAUGUGGAUGACAUCUUGGACGAGUUCGCUUAAGAAGAGUUACGUCUCAAGCUCCAAAAAACUCAAUCUCAAGCCAGCACUAGCAAGAAGUAGUUUGGGGUUGAGUAAGAUCUUGUCUCAAGCUCCAACCUCCAAGGGAAAGCAACCCAGGCUGCAACCAACGUCCGUGGUGGAUGGAGCUGUGGAGUAUGUCGGUAGACACGAGGAGAAGACAGAAAUGAUUGAGUUGCUCAAAGGUGAUAACUCCAAUGGAUUUUCAGUCCUUUCCAUCGUCGGCAUGGGAGGGAUGGGUAAAACAACUCUUGCUCAGCUUGUUUACAAUGAUGCCACCAUCAACUAGUCUUUUGACCACAAGGCCUGGGUAUGCGUUUCUGAUAAUUUUGAUGCAGUUAAUAUAACCAGGACAAUUUUAAAACCCAUCGGUUCUAACCCUGGUGAAGAGAAUGACUUGAAUUUACUUCAAGUUAAGUUGAAGGAGAAGUUGUCUGGGAAAAGAUUUUUGCUUGUUUUAGAUGACAUUUGGAACGAGAAUAAUAGUGCUUGGCCCAUCUUACGGUCUCCAUUCGGAGCAGGGACCAGUAUCAUUGUAACCACUCGUCUUCAAAUUGUUUCAUCUAUUGUGGAUCCACUCAAAGCUUUUCAUUUGGAUAAACUAUCCAAUGAUGAUUGUUUAUCCAUAUUUACACAGCAUGCAUUAAAAGCAAGAAAUUUCGAUGGACAUCUCCAGUUUAAAGAAAUUGGAGAGAAAAUUGUUAGAAGAUGCAAUGGCUUACCUUUGGCUGCAAAAGCCAUCGGAAGCUUGCUACGCACAGUUAAAGACUUUGCAGGAUGGGAAAGAAUAUAUGAGAGUGAGAUAUGGAAAUCAUCAGAGCAGUGUGACAUAAUUCCAGCUUUGCGAUUAAGCUACUAUCAUCUUCCGUCAUACUUGAAACGAUGUUUUGCGUAUUGCUCCAUACUUCCUAAAGAUUAUGAAUUUGAGGAAGAAGAAAUUAUCUUGUUAUGGAGAGCAGAAGGUCUCUUGCAACAAAAAGUCAUGCCUCAAAUUAAAGAUCUUGGAAAUCAAUAUUUUCAAGAUCUAGUGUCGAGGUCAUUUUUUCAGAUAUCCAGUAAUGAUAAGUCCCGAUUCGUAAUGCAUGACCUUAUCAAUGAUUUAGCUCGAACAGUUGCAGGAAAUACAUGCUCCAAACUGGAGGGCGAUAUGCAUCAGUUCUCAAAACGCACUCGGCAUUCUUCCUAUAUUGUUACCAUGUUUGACACAGUGAAGAAGUUUAAAGCAUUUGAUGAAACGAAUUCUUUACGUACUUUUCUACCCUUCAUUUUUACAAAUUAUUGUCUGGAGUUCUAUUUAACCAAGGUUGUCUUGGUUGAUUUGUUGCCAAGACUUGGCUACUUAAGGGUGCUUUCUUUGAGUGGGUAUAGGAUCACUGAGUUGCCUGAUGUUUUUGAAAAUUUAAAGCAUCUUCGUUACUUAAAUUUUUCUCACACCCAAAUCAAUAACCUACCCGAUUCUUUGUGUACUCUUUACCAUUUGGAAACUUUACUAUUAAAAGAUUGUUUUGAUCUUCAAAACUUACCCUCGAAGAUGGAAAAGCUUGUUAAUUUGCAGUAUCUUGAUAUUAGAGGUGCUCGCUCAAUAGAAAGGAUGCCUUUUGGAAUCGAUAAGCUAACUAAUCUUGAAAAGCUAUCUGAUUUUAUCACAGGGGAAGGUGAUGGACAUCAUAUCAGCGAAUUGAAAUAUUUGUCAAACCUCAAAGGUGAUUUUCGUCUUUCUGGGUUGGAGAAUGUUAAUGGUCAAGAUGCAGGGGAAGCCAAGUUAAAUGAGAAGCAGGGGAUUCAUCGAUUGGUAUUGGAAUGGAGUUGGGACUUUAUAGAAGAUACAAGGAAAAAAGAAGAUCAAGAAUGGGUGUUAGACUCUCUUCGUCCUUCGAAAAGGCUUGAGCAACUCGUCAUUGAGAAUUAUGGUGGUGCAAAAUUCCCUACUUGGAUUGCAGACUCUUCCUUCAAGAAUAUGCUGUCAUUGAAGCUUAGCGACUGUAAAAAUUGUAAAUCCCUACCAUCAAUUGCAAGGUUGUCAUUGUUAAAAGACCUUUUAAUUGGUGGUUUGGAUGAGGUACAUAAGAUUGGCGCUGAGUUGUUUGGACCAAAUCAAUCGAGUGCAUUUACAUCAUUAGAGACUCUAUGUUUUGAGAGCAUGCCAAACUGGGAGGUGUGGGACCCAUAUGAAGGCGAUGAGCAAGCUUCGAAAUUCCCUAGUCUUCGUGAGCUUUCAAUUAGAAACUGUCCUCAAUUGUUGGGAAGGUUGCCAACCCUUCUUCGAUCCUUGCACAAACUUGAAAUCAUUGAAUGUAAGAGACUCGUAGUUUCAAUUUCAAGUUUUUCGUCAUUAUGUGAAUUAAAAAUUUUUGGGUGCGAAGAAUUGGUGGAUGAAGGCACGUCUUCUGCAGAGGAGGUUAUCUCUUUGAAAAGUGUGUCUCUUACAAACAUUUCAAAGUUUGGUAUUUCAGCAGAGAAGGCAUUGUUGAGAUUUGCAAACUCAGAAUAUUUUAACAUCUCUGGUUGGAAAGAGUUGGAAUCUUUAUCGCAAAAUGGGUUAAGUUUAGUUGGGCAUCGUUUUUUCACAAUUUGGAAUUGUCCCCAAUUGGUCUCUUUGGAAACAGAGGAGGGGAUAUUGCAACCUGACAAGAUUUCAGGUGUUGAAUUUCUGUUCAUAAGUUAUUGUGAAAGGCUUAAUAGACUACCAAAAGUCUUACAUGCUUUCCCAUUCAUUACAAGAAUAAAACUUGAAAAGUGUCCAGGCUUGGUUUGUUUUGCAGAGAGUAACUUUCCCCCUGCUUUAAAAGAGUUGGAGAUUUGGAGUUGCGAGAAUUUGCAAUAUUUGUUUGAUGAAAAAGAAAAUAAUAAGAGUACGAGUAGUAGCAGAUGUCUUCUUGAGAACUUGGAAAUAGUGGAUUGUCCAUCUCUAAUAUGUUUGUCAUCAAGGGCCGAUAUAUGCAAUCAGCUUCAACAUCUCAAGAUUCAUAUUUGUUCAAAGCUAAGUAGCUUAUUUUUAAACGCCAAGUUACCCGUACUGCUUAAACAACUAGAUAUUUGGGGGUGUCCAGUGUUGGAAUGCAUAGUCCAAGACUUCCAUGAAACAACUGAUCUUGAAAGUAUUAGAAUUGGGGGUGAUGGCAAUAUUAAAUCUUUACCCAGAGGACUAGACAAGCUUAGCCAUCUUCAGGAGAUUAGGAUUAAUGGGUGUCCAAGUUUUGUUUCAUUUGAAGAAAGUGGGUUGCCCACCACAAAUCUCAAAGUUCUCUCAAUCCAGUAUUGUGAAAAUUUUAGAGCCCUUCCCAAGUGCAUCAACAACUUCACCUCCCUUGGAAAAUUGAAGGUGGUUUAUUGUUCGGAUGACAUAUCCUUUCCAGAAGAGGGUUUCCCUACCAACCUCACAUCACUUGAAAUCUCAAACGCACCCAAAAUUUAUACAUCACUUGUUGAAUGGGGAUUUAACAGACUCAGCUCUCUUCAACAACUGAAUAUCAGCGGUGAAGGAUGCUCACAUGUGGUGUCAUUUCCAGAAGAAGGGAUAGGAAGAAUGCUGCCUUCUUCUCUCACAUCUAUCUCCAUUCGAAGUUUCGAGAACUUGGAAUACAUGUGCUCCAAGGGCUUUCAGCACCUCACCUCUCUUCAACAAUUGUCCAUCAAUAAUUGUCCUAAGCUCACAUCUCUUCCAGAUAAGGAUAUGCUUCUCUCGCUUGAGCGUCUAUUUAUUUCGUAUUGCUCGUCGCUAGAAGAAGGACGAGAGUGGUCCAAGAUUGCCCACAUACCUAAAUUAGAUCUAAAUUUAGUCAGCACAGGCUAAAAUGGCGAAAAAUAGUAGAGAACUUCAACUGAUCUGCUUCAGCUUAUUUGAUUUAGUAAAGCGCCGAGGAUGCAAAAGAAGAGACUGGUCCCGGAGUUUCUCACAGUUUAGCAAUGAAUGGUACUCAUAAAGAAAUCUGCACACUCUAAGGAGGGCCUUUUAAUGAUGCUACCAUUAGUUCCUUGAAAGUUGAUGUUUUGGAUGAGACAUCAAAUGGAAACCAAAGCUCCGGAAGUGAUGAUAAGCUUGUCGAUAAUGAAGAUGAACUUCAAGGUUAAGAUGAGGUAGAUUUAGGUGAAAAGAUAGAAGAAAUGGAGGCCAGAAUCGAGAAACUCGAAGCCAAGAUGAGGGAAGUGGCUGCCUUGGAGAUUUCUCUUUAUUCUGUAAUUCUGGAGCAGGAUAGUUCAGCGAAUAAAGUGCAUACACAUGCUUGACGCCUUUCUAGACUCUAUAUACAAGCUUGCAAGCAUUGGACUCAAGACAGGCAAGCCAUGAUUGCUAAGAAUACUGUCACAGGGCUCAUUUUGAUUACGAAGUCCUGCUGUAAUGAAGUUUCAAGGCUCUUUCUCUGUAUAUGCAACCUCCGGUUGAGGGUUCAUGUGCCGAUAAAACAAUAGGAAAGUUGUUGGAUCCAGCCUCAGGUGACAAACAACCAGGAAGCUUCUUGAUCAACCUGCAGAAAAUGGCUCUCGAAGAUGCUUUUCAACUAAUUUGCCCUGUUAGAGCCGGACCCAUAUGUGUAGUUGCUUGCCAGUUAUUGUAAUGGAACAGUGUGUUGCAAGGUUAGAUAUAGCAAUGUUCAAUGCUAUUCUUUGGGAGUCGAGUUACGAACUGAUCCCAUAUCCAAUCCUAUUGUAGAUUCCAAGGUUCUCCUGAGUUCCAGCCGGAGAUCUUAGCUUCCGAUCCAAAGCUCAACUAAAAGUUUCUGCAUGUAUUGUAGCGACGUAAAAAUUUUCGCUUUCGGUCGCUAAUUGUGGCGAUUUAUUAAACAUUUGAAAACCAAUUUUCGAUUUUAAAAAAAAGGAGUCGCCACCGAUCUUUUUCCGAGGUGUGACCGGACACCUAAUAAA